AUGGAUAGUAAGAAUAUCCAGAAAAAUGCUAUGCAAAAAAGUGCAGAGUUCACUUUCACUCCACCACCCGCGGCACCUGUAUUUGAGCCUACGCUUGAAGAUUUUGCGGAUCCAUUGGGAUAUAUCGCUAAGAUUCGCCCUGUUGCUGAAAUAACUGGUAUUUGUAAAAUAAAACCUCCAGCGCGUUGGCAGCCACCUUUUUCGUUGGAUGUUGACAAAUUAAAGUUUGUACCACGAAUACAAAAAUUAAACGAAUUGGAAGCCAUUACUCGAUUGAAGUUGUUAUUUCUCGAAAAAAUUUUGAAAUUUUGGGACUUACAGGGCUCGCCAUUAAAAAUUCCUAUGAUUGAAAACAAAACAUUAGAUUUGUAUUGUUUAAAAUUUUGGGUAGAUGAAGAAGGUGGUUUCGAAAAUUGUAAUACACCAAAAAAAUGGCGUAAGAUAGCAAAUUCCAUGGGCUACAGUCAAAAUGCUAAUACUAUGAAUUUUUUAAGAAGCAAUUAUGAAAAAAUUUUGCUGCCUUAUGAAAUAUUUGAAAAAAGUAAAGCUGAUAUAUUAAAGACUGUUAAAAAGGGUGAGACAAAAGUUGAAAUUAAAACUGAUGGUGAUGUUGUUAAGCAGUCCUUUAAAGAAGUAUCAGUAGAAUCAAUCACUAAAAUAAAAGAUGAAUGUAAGAAUUACAUACCUCACACAAGUAUUAAAAAAACUAAAACUGGAUCAGAUAUUAAACCUGAUGUGGUCAAUAAUAGUAUUGUAGAAAGUGAGGAAAUGAAAUGUAAUAGAGAGCUGAGGAGAUUAGCAUGUUAUGGACCUGGGCCCAAAAUGCCUGGUCUUAAUGAUGAAGAGUUUGAUAUAACAAAAUCUAGAAAAAGACCAAGAUAUGAUUUAGAUCCCUUAGCAGUUUAUGUUUGUGCUAUUUGUCAAAAAGAUCAUACUGAUAAUCUAUUGUUGAUUUGUAACGGUUGUUCUGAUACUUAUCAUACAUUUUGUCUUAAACCUCCCUUAAAUUCCGUUCCUGAUGGAGAUUGGCGUUGUCCCUGUUGUAUAGCUGAGGAGGUACAUAAGCCAGCAGAGGCCUUCGGCUUUGCUCAGGCUGAAAGGGAAUAUACUCUUCAACAGUUUGGAGAGAUGGCUGAUAAAUUUAAAUCAGAUUAUUUUGGUAUGUCUGGACAUUUAGUGCCUACAUCUGUUGCAGAAAAAGAAUUCUGGAGAAUUAUAUCAUCAGUGGAAGAAGAUGUAACAGUAGAAUAUGGUGCAGACUUGCACUCUAUGGAUCAUGGUUCAGGUUUUCCAACAAAGUCCUCCUUGAAUCUUUAUCCUGGUGAUCAAGAGUAUGUAGAUUCAGGAUGGAAUUUAAAUAACCUACCAGUCUUAGAUGGUUCAGUGCUAAGAUUUAUUAAUGCAGACAUCUCAGGUAUGACUGUACCUUGGAUGUAUGUUGGUAUGUGCUUCUCUGCAUUUUGCUGGCACAAUGAGGACCACUGGAGUUAUUCAAUUAAUUAUUUGCAUUGGGGUGAAGCAAAAACUUGGUAUGGUGUACCAGGAAGUGGGGCAGAACUGUUGGAGAAUGCAAUGAAAGCAGCGGCUCCAGAGCUUUUCAAAUCUCAACCAGAUUUACUUCAUCAGUUAGUUACUAUAAUGAAUCCUAACAUACUGAUGGCAGCAGGGGUCCCUAUUUAUCGUACUGAUCAACAAGCUGGUGAAUUUGUUGUGACAUUUCCACGAGCCUAUCAUGCAGGUUUCAAUCAAGGCUAUAACUUUGCUGAAGCAGUAAAUUUUGCUCCACCAGACUGGCUUAAAAUUGGGCGAGAAUGUAUUACCCAUUACAAGUACCUCAAAAGGUUUUGUGUUUUCUCUCAUGAUGAACUAAUUUGUAAAAUGGCUUUAGAAGGUGAUCGUCUAGAUUUAGAAACAGCUUUGGAAACACAAAAGGAAUUAGUUUCGGCUACAGAGGAAGAAGGUAGGUUACGGGCAAAGAUAGCUAAGCAAGGAUUAAAAAGCGUACGAAGAACUGCCUUUGAGUUGCUGGGAGAUGAUGAGAGACUUUGUGAGGUAUGCAAGACAACAUGUUUCUUGUCAUCUGUAUCAUGUGCUGAUUGUAAGCAUAUGGCAUGCCUGCAGCAUGCCAAUGAUUUUUGCCAGUGUCCUUUAGAUAAAAAAACUCUCAAUUAUAGAUAUGACAUGGAUGAGUUACACAUAAUGUUGCAGACUCUUGACUUUAGAGUUAACAGUUUUGAUAAAUGGAUGACAGAAACAAAGAAAAUGUUGCUUCCAACUGCCCCUGAUAUAGGAAGAGUCCAAAAAUUUAAAGUGUUAUUAGAUGAAGCAGAUGAACUUAAAAUACCAAAGUGUAUGUUGUUAACACAAUUAAAGAAUGAGUAUACUGCAGCUACUGAAAAUGUUGAACCGAUUAUUAUAGAAUUAGAUGAUGAUUAA